GUCCAGCUAGCUCAUCUCUCUCUCUCUCUCUCUCUCUGUCUUACGCACUGUGUUCAUCUCUCCGUCCCCGAGUUUGGCUGUGUUUCCUCGUCUCACCGUCCAUCUUGUCUCCUCUGACUGUUGACCAUCAUGUUGGGACGCGCUCUCCUGCAGACCUCUCUGGUCCUCUGGCUGGUACAGCAUACCCUGCAAGGAGGCGUAAGCAGACCUCAGAGUGGCGCCUUGGGAAGACUGAUGCCAAGAGGGCGUGGUGGCUAUGGAGGCAAAGCCGGCGGUUAUCCAACUGCUGCCCUUGGAGCAGGAGGAUACAGAAAUGGAGGAGGCCGUGGCAUGAAGCAGGGAGGCUAUGGAGCAGGAGCCGGUCUGGGAGUUGGGAUGGGCCUGAGCAAUGGACUGGGAGCCGGUCUGGGAGCAGGCAAACAGGCAGCUAGAGGUUAUGGAGCUGGAAUGGGUGCUUACCCUGGGGCUGGUGCUGGUGCUGGGUAUGGUAGCUACCCUGGAGCAGGUCGCGGCACUGCAGGAGGGAGCUAUCCCACUGGCCAGGGGUCUAAGGCCCCUAAACCGGGUAGCCGACCAGGAGCUGGAGUCUCUGGUGGCCAGGGACCUACUGGCAAUGGAUAUGGUCGUGGAGCAGGCAUGCCCAUUGGACAGGGCUCCAAGCCAUCUAAAGCUGGUAAUGGAGGCGGAGGUGGUUUGCCUUUUGGACAGGGUCAAAAGGGGAAUGGAUAUGGUCCAGGCCCGGCUAUUUCCAAUGGAAAUGGAGCAAAAGGCAAUGGGUAUGGCCCAGGUGCAGGACCCGCCAUUGGACAGGGGCCUGUAAGCAAUGGAUAUGGCCCUGGACCAGCGGUUUCCAAUGGACAGGGAGGCAAACCCUAUGGAGCUGGAGGGCCUGGUGGCCAGGGGGGAAAGCCUUCGAAGACUGGAUAUGGGCCAGCACCAGCUGUUUCCAAUGGACAGGCACCUAUAAGCAACGGAUAUGGCCCUGGACCAGCGGUUUCCAAUGGACAGGGAGGCAAACCCUAUGGAGCUGGAGGGCUUGGUGGCCAAGGGGGAAAGCCUUCAAAGACUGGAUAUGGACCAGCACCAGCUGUUUCCAAUGGACAGGCACCUAUAAGCAACGGAUAUGGCCCUGGACCAGCGGUUUCCAAUGGACAGGGAGGCAAACCCUAUGGAGCUGGAGGGCCUGGUGCACAGGGGGGAAAGCCUUCAAAGACUGGAUAUGGGCCAGCACCAGCUGUUUACAAUGGACAGGCACCUAUAAGCAACGGAUAUGGCCCUGGACCAGCGGUUUCCAAUGGACAGGGAGGCAAACCCUAUGGAGCUGGAGGGCCUGGUGCACAGGGGGGAAAGCCUUCGAAGACUGGAUAUGGGCCAGCACCAGCUGUUUCCAAUGGACAGGCACCUAUAAGCAACGGAUAUGGCCCUGGACCAGCGGUUUCCAAUGGACAGGGAGGCAAACCCUAUGGAGCUGGAGGGCCUGGUGGCCAGGGGGGAAAGCCUUCGAAGACUGGUUAUGGACCUGGUGCAGCUUACCCUGGAGCACUGGGCAAUGGCUAUGGAGGUUUGGGACAGGGUGGAUACCCCAUGGGGGGCCGUGGAGGCAAGCAAGCAGGUUACACUGACGGCAUGGGAGGAUAUGGCGCUGGCCUCGGCGAUGGCAUGGGCCUUGGUCUGGGAGGAGGUGCAGGAGCCAAACCUCUGACCGCAGGUUAUGGUAACGGCUAUGGCAAUGGCUAUAUGAAUGGAGCUGGCGGAUACCCAGUGUUAGCUGAUGGGGCAGGGAUGGGAGGCAAAGCAGGGAAGGGACCAGGUGGCGCUAGUAUGGGGCCUGCUGGUUCUCUACCCUACGGGGGCCAGCCUGUGGUCGCAGCUGGGCUGGGUGUUGACGGAAAGUCUGGAGGGUACGGAGCUGGCCCAGUGCCUUUGGGGCUUAGUCCUGAUGCCAGCCUGGGUGCAGGACUUGAACCUGUCAAUGGGAAAAUGGGUGGUAUGGGACAGCUUCCUUACAACGGCGCCCCAGUCAUCCCAGCUGGGCUAGAGGGUGAUGGGUAUCCAUAUGGCGCUGCUCAGCAACUUGGCUUGGGAGCUGAUGCAGGCAAAUCUGCCAGCAAAUAUGGGGAUGCUGGGGCAGCUCUUGGUGCCCAGCCCUCUCAGCCUGGACCACAGACUGGGGGCAAACCUAAAUGCAAAAAUGGCAAUGGCAGAGGAUAUGGAGGACCUCAGCCAGCAGCCUAUGCUGGGCCAAUGGCAGCAAGCCAGGGUGGCUAUGGAGGCAAAGAUGGAAGCAAGUAUGGCAUGAACGGCUUCUAUGGCAAUGGCUACAAAGGUUGAUUGACAAGGCCUCCACAUCAAGAAGUGAAUUUGUGUUGAUUCCCGCUUGUGUUCUCUGUGUUUGUGUUCAGCUGUUCUUGUCAUGUGUCUUUGUGUGCUUUUAAUUCAUCUGUGCAUUGAUUUGGUUUUGUUUUGUUUGUUUGUUUUUGUUUUUGUGUCGUUGUUUUUGUCUGACCAUCAUCCUUCUGUGUUGCCCCUAAGUGUUGCGUGCCAUGUUUUCUCUGUAUCUUUGCUGAAUUUGACAUGAAAUCUGCUGUUUGAUGGUUUCUGCACAUGAAACACUAAACAGUUUUUUUUUUCAC